AUGGAAAUUCCCGCGGCUGCGGGCGUGCCCGUACCGCACAUGGGUAUGGACGGGCACGGGUUGGCUCGAAAAAUACACGGACGGGCACGAGCAGACUUGAAAGACACACGGACGUGCAUGAACGGGCAACUGCUUCCCUUCGAUGAGUACGGGCUUCUCAAAGGAUUUUUUAAAUUUUUUGAGCAACAAAAUGGUACGAAGAUUUGAAUUUUUUGUGAAUGAAAUACAGACAGUUAGAGACCUGCUACAGAAAGGACAACACAAUAUACAUGCGUGGACGAGAUAUUUUAAUAUAGACGACCCGCGAGGAUCCUGCGUAAACCCUUCUGAGAUCCUGCAUGAAUUUUGAUUAUUAUUUUUAGUGGGUGAUCGGCUUACUGUCAAUCCAACAUCACAAUAACUACAAGCGAACCCUUUAUAUGGUACAAACAAGAGCGCAGCAAUAAGAAACUUUUACAGAAGAAACACAACAGUUAGAUGAUAUUAAAAUCGAAUAAAACAUACAUCAAUCAAUUACAAAAAGCAAAUUUAAUUAUUUAUCGUGUAUCACAAUUCAUUAUGGCAGAGAAAGUCGUAUAAACACUGUUAAUACAUUUUCUUUGCCAUAAUGAUGCACGAUAAAUAAUUAAAUUUGCUUUUUGUAAUUGAUUGAUGUAUGUUUUAUUCAAUUUUAAUAUCAUCUAACUGUUGUGUUUCUUCUGUAAAAGUUUCUUAUUGCUGCGCUCUUGUUUGUACCAUCUAAAGGGUUCGCUUGUAGUUAUUGUGAUGUUGGAUUGAUAGUAAGCCGACUAGCGCUCCAAUUGUUAUAUUUCCAAAAAUAAACU